GUUGGGGUAAGGGGACGUAGGGACGGGGGAGGGACGGGUGAGUUUGGCGCAAAGCCUGCUGGGGCAUGGAGUCCUGGUGAGCUUUGUGCGCAUGUGCGGCAAGGUGAGGGUGCUUUGGGGGCCUCGCCCUGGAGAGUGAGGCGCUGGUGACUCGAACCCAGGUGGCCCCAUGGAGGCCCCGGCAGCCCAGCCUGUGAAGCAGGAGACCUUGUCCGUAGAGGCCCUGACACUCGACUCCCCGUGGCACCGCUUCCGCCACUUCCACCUAGGCGAUGCGGCGGGGCCGCGGGAGGCCCUGGGGCUGCUCCGGGCCCUGUGUCGGGACUGGCUCCAGCCAGAAGUGCACACCAAGGAGCAGAUGCUGGAGCUACUGGUUCUGGAGCAGUUCCUGAACGCCCUCCCCGCAGACACCCAGGCCUGGGUGUGCAGCCGCCGGCCCCAGAGUGGAGAGGAGGCUGUGGCACUGCUGGAGGAGCUCUGGGGCCCAGCAACCUCCCCAGAUCGGUCCUCAGCAAUGAGGGCACCUCAGGAUAUGACAGAAGCCUCGGGGGUCAGUGUUGGAAAGGAAGAAAGUGGGGUGACUCCCUUAGGAACCGGGGCCUCCGGGACAGAGGUGCCUGCAACUGAGAACGCAGGGGCCACGCGCCUUUACAAGCAGGAGCCGGGCAGCCCCCCAUCAACCCCGCUGGCACCCGUCCCCGUCCUCCCUGCUUUCCUGGCGGCCCCUGGCACUGUAUCGUGCCCCGAGUGCGGCAAGUCUCCCCUGAAGCCGGCUCACCUGUUGCGCCACCGGCAGAGCCACUCAGGCGAGAAGCCGCACACGUGCCCUGAGUGCGGCAAGGCAUUCCGGCGCAAGGAGCACCUGCGACGCCACCGUGGCACCCACCCUGGCAGCCCGGGGCCCGCGCUGCGCCCCCUGCCGGCGCGUGAGAAGCCACACGCAUGCUGCGAGUGCGGCAAGACCUUCUACUGGCGUGAGCACCUGGUGCGCCACCGCAAGACCCACUCUGGUGCUCGGCCCUUCGCCUGCUGGGAGUGUGGCAAGGGCUUCGGGCGGCGUGAGCACGUGCUCCGCCACCAGCGCAUUCAUGGCCGGGCUGCCGCAGCGCAGGGGACUGCAGCACCAGGUCCGGAGGGUGGCGGUGCCUUCCCACCCUGGGCCCUGGGGUAGCUGCAGUUCCAAACACCUGCUGAAGCGGCGUCAUCCCCUUAGUACCCCACCCACCUCCCUGCCACCUCUUUCCUGCCCAAAUGGUGCUUUCCCUUUUCAGGCCCCAUCUCCACUCCUUCCUCCCUUCUGGAGCGUUCAGCUUUCACCUGCCCCUACAAAAGAUCCUUCUCUCUCCCCCUCCUUUCCUUCUCUUUUUAUGGAGGGGAGACCUGUCCCAGGACACCCUUCACGUGGGAAAAGGCACUCAGGGAAGGAGGAAACCCCCUCCUCCUCCCGCCUCCUGAGGAAGGCAGUCUUGGGCCCCACGACAGAGUCGGGGCCAAAGGCAAGAGGCGGCAAUUGUUUCUGAGGAGCAGGCCCAGACUAGGAUCUGGUUCUCUGCACAGCUCAAAGGCAUGAGGUGGGCAGAGGUGCCUGAGAAGCUUGUUAGAGAUGGCAGGUCACCAGCAUCAGUGAGAGUAAUAAAGUGAUGGACUCAGUGUGUACAGGAGUCUGGGACUCUCCUGUGUUGUGGGAGGUUGAGCAUCUGAGGCACAGGGGACUUGGGUGGGGCUCCACCUCACGUUCACAUUGCAGAAGCAAGCACUAGGUUCAUGGAAGGUCUGGUACCAGACCCGCUCCAGUCCAGCUUGUCCUGGCUGCUGAACUUCAGGCAGGUGGUGCUCCUCUGCAAGAGUUCAUUUUAUGUUUUUGUAUCUUUUGAGACAAGGUUUCUCUAUAGCUCUGGCUGCCCUGGCCUCCUCCUGGGUGCCUAAAGGCCUGUGCUACCACGCCGAGAAGUUCCAAUUUCUUAAAUUGUGCUUCACUGUCACCCCCCACCCAUGCCGAGUUAUCCAGUUAGGUGACUCCGUGUCAUCAAAGGACCCCCCAGAUAACCAGUGCCAGCAGUCUGGGACAGUGCGGUUUGCCAAGAAGACUCCAUUCUGGCCUUGGAAAGGUGGAGGCUGCCCUUUGUCCUCAGUCUGCCCCGUGACAGUGCAGCAGUCUAGACCUGACUAUCCAGGGAGGAAACCCACACGGGAGGAAGUACAACGACCCUUGGCCCGCCCUGCUGGGGUCUUUGGACACUCCAUUUGAGCCCCAGGACUCUGCUUCCACACCAUCUCUCAAUGUAAAAUGCACAAUGCGGGGGUACAGUGGAAGGUCCCCAGUGCUUUGAGAUGGUCUUGCCAGAGCAGCUCAAGCUAACUUUUGAACUUACUGUGUAGCCAAAGAUGACCAUGCGUCUCCAAUUCUGUCUCUGCCCCCCAGUUUUGGGAACAUAGAUGUGCAUGCUGAUGCCUGGGGUUCAAUACUGUGCCACCAUGCCCAGGUUUUAUUCUCUAUGUUUUUUUUGUUUUUUUGAGACAAGGUCUCUAUGUAGUCCCGACUGUCCAGAAAAACUUGCCAUGUAGAUCAGGCUGACCUCAAACUCACAGAGCUCCGCCUGCCUCUGCCUCCUGAGUGCUGGGAUUAAAGGUUUGGGCCACUA